AUGUUCCGCCUGUUCACCGAGCGCAGGCUGGUGACGCAGGAGGGCGGCGCCUUGGUGGAGCGCCAGACCAAGGCACUGUUUGGCGACCCCAAGGCGCUGCAGCGCCAGAUGCAGGAGGCGGUGGGCAAGGAUAUCGCCUCCCUGGACGACCUCAUGGAGCGCGUGCAAAAGGCGGUGGCCGACGGCAAGGUGGAGACCCUGACCCUGACAGUGGGGACACAGCGCCGCGCUGUGCUGGAGGCCGUGGCAUACGGCGUUUUCCUGAGGGAUGUGGAGUCCUGGGUGGACGGCGAGUAUGCGCUACUGUCUCCCCACAGGGGUGGGGGUUCUGCGGGCCUGUCCCUGUGA